AGAUUAUGAACCAGUUUGGCCCCUCAGCUCUAAUCAACCUCUCCAAUUUCUCAUCCAUAAAACCGGAACCAGCCAGCACCCCUCAAGGCUCCAUGGCCAAUAGCACUACUGUGGUAAAGAUUCCAGGCACUCCUGGGACAGGAGGUCAUCUUAGCCCUGAAAACAAUCAGGUAUUAACCAAGAAGAAAUUACAGGACUUAGUAAGAGAAGUGGAUCCUAAUGAGCAGUUGGAUGAAGAUAUAGAGGAGAUGCUGCUACAGAUUGCUGAUGACUUUGUUGAGAGUGUGGUGACAGCUGCCUGCCAACUUGCACAACAUCGCAAGUCCAGCACCUUAGAGAUGAAAGAUGUUCAGUUACAUCUAGAGUGCCAGUGGAACAUGUGGAUCCCAGGAUUUGGCUCUGAAGAAAUCCGACCCUAUAAAAAAGCUUGCACGACAGAAGCUCAUAAACAGAGAAUGGCAUUGAUUCGGAAAACAACGAAGAAAUAA